AUGGUCGAGUCGCUGAGGACCAUUAAAGAGACCAAGUCCGUCAUGUGUUUAUCACCCCACGAGAAGCUCAGUACCCAGCGUAAUAAGCGCUCGCAGACUUCCUUACCAUCGGCAAUAGACGGAGAAUCAGACGUGAAGAAGAAGGUGCGACGGGAGGACGGGAACAAGGUGCGAGAGUGUGAUGUCGUCUCUCUCCAUGGAGCAGGAGCAGGAAGUGCUAGUGACGACUGUUACGUCCGUGCUAUGGACUUUGACGACUGCUUAAAUCAGGACAUUGACUGGGUCAACCACGACGAGAUGGACUUGACACUCAGUAUGGACGCCCUGGCUCACGACCACGACGGCACGGACUUUGGCUUCCAUCCAUCCUUCUUGCGAGGCAGUGGCCUGGACUUUGAAGACGUGGCCGAGAUGGCUUCGACCUUCGUUGAUCCGGUCUACAUCCGCUUGGAAUCAAGCAACAAUGCCAAGGACGCCGAGAAGCUCCUCAUGAGCUUUGACACGAUGAAUUUUACGAUUCCGUCGCCAACCAGCGCUUCAAGUAGGAAGCGUACGAGUCUUUUUGCCGCUGAGAAAGAUGCAGAAACACAGGAAAGAGAGGAGAUGGCAAGUUGUGCGUCGACAGCAGCUGCGAGUUCUAAGGCCGCUGCUGUUCCUUGCUCUACGACAGCCAGCUCGUUUGCUUCGAAAGAGCUUUGCAAGGAGCGAGAUCAAGUAUCUGCUGCAAGUACCUGCACAUCGUCGAUACCAGUAAGUUCGUCGGUAGACCCGGUACUCAGCGUGUUAAGCAUUGGAACGAGUGUCCCAUCGUCGAAAACGACCGGGAAGAAGAUUGGCUCGUACAGCCCAGCAGCACGGAAGCUGCGUCUUCAGAGGUUCCAUGAGAAGCGCAAGAAUCGCACGUGGAAGAAGAGCAUCAAGUACGACUGCCGGAAGAAGCUGGCAGAUGACCGUCCGCGGAUCAAGGGUCGGUUCGUGCGUGUGCUUGAGAACAGUAGCGACGCAAAGACCGAUAUGACACCAUCCUUGCCCCCUUCAGCAUCCGUUGGGUAUACAUUUCCAAUAUCUGCCACCAGUGGGGUGGCUAUACCACCGAUGGCUACACACAUAGUCAAGUCUCAUGUGACGACAUCGUGUAUAUCAACUUUGGCUUCAGCUGUCAAGCACGCUUCUGUGACCAAACCGGCGUCUGUAGCAGCACCGGUACCAAGUGCAGCAGCAGCAGCAGCUCUACCGUUUGCGCGCAUGAUUGCAAGUGUGUGA